AUGUCAUCCACGCCCCCCAACCUCCUCGCCUCUUCCAAACACACCACCCCAAUCCACCUGUACCAACCGACGCUCAAGGCCGUGCCGUCGGCCAUUUCCGCCCUGCUGGCCGAAUACUCGGGCAUCGCGCCCGCCGAGCAAAAGGAACACAUCACCACCGUGCGCGACCGCGCCUACGCCUCGUACCCGUACCCGUGUCUGGGUCGUUGGCGGUUCUUGGAACUCGAUCUGGCUAGCCAUCCGCUAUAUGGGAGUGAGAUAUUGCCGGCGUUGGCCAACACCAACACUGCCCACGACUCCAACGAUGACACCAACAAUGACACCAACGACGGCAAUGACAAUGACAAUGACAUUGACGAUGACUGGAUCUUUCUCGACUUAGGCUGCUGUCUCGGCCAAGACCUCCGCAAACUCAUCUACGACGGCGCCGACGUGCGUCGACUCUACGGAGCCGACCUGAACCCGGAAUUCAUCGAUAUCGGCUACACGCUCUUCGGCGACCAGGACAGGUUCUCGCGCAACGCCCACUUCAUCGCCCCCGCGGACGUGUUUGAUUUCUCCGAAACCAGCGAGCUCAGCCGCCGUUGCGACGGCCGCGUCGCCAUCCUGCACUGCACGGCGGUGUUUCAUCUGUUCGGGCUGGAUGAGCAGAAGGUCCUGGCGCGGCGGUGUUUGAGGUUGUUGAAAUCGAGAUCGAAAUGGAGAACCACUGCCAGUGCCAGUGCCGCUAUUCCAACCCAGAACCAGAACCACCCACGACGUGCCCUGAUCCUCGGCGCACAGACGGCCAACGUCCGCGCCGGAGACUAUCCACGCAGCCGAAGCGGCCGCAUGCGGUACCGCCACAACGAGCAUAGCUGGCGCCAGUUCUGGGAGGAGGCGGUGGCCGAAGACGGCUGGAGGGAUCGAAUUGCAUCCGUUGAUGUGCAGUCCGUGCUGGUGGAGAGGACGUUUGGGGAUUCGGACGGGAAGGGGGGUGGUGGUGGUGCUGAUGCCGAUGCUGGUGCUGAUGCUGGUGGUGCUGAUGCUGAACCAAACAAUACGCAGGCCCAGAUAGGCAAGGUCGAAGAGGGGUUCAGAUGGAUGAAGUGGUGGGUUUGGAUUGAUUUUGUCUAG